AUGGACCGGUUCACUCCGCAGCAUUCCUCGGAGCUCGCGCGUCGCUGCGUCUUCAGCGACCUGCUCGGCGAGGGCCAGUCGGGCCGCGUGUGGCGCUGCGUGGACCGCGCGACGGGGGAGGCCUUCGCGUGCAAGCAGGUGAACAAGCGCGGGCUUUCCCCCGCGGCGGAAGCGGACCUCCAGCGCGAAAUCACCCUCUUAAUCAUCCUGCAGGGUCACCCUAACAUGCUGCGACUCGACAGUCUGUACGAGGACGCGAAAGCUGUCUACAUUCUCACGGAGCUCUGCGACGGCGGAGAUCUCUUCGGGCUGCUCGCGGACCAUCCGCGCGGGCUUGAUGAGCGCACGGUUGCGCGGAUCUUCGCGCAAGUGGCGCGCGCCGUGCAGUGGUGCCACGACCACCGCGUCGUCCACCGCGACAUCAAGCCAGAAAACAUUCUCAUUUCGCGCCGCCAAACAGUGCUCCCCGACACCGCGGACGCCGCCGCCGCUGCCUGCGCAGCGGGGAAGGCGGAGUACGACGUGCGGCUCGGGGACUUCGGUCUCGCGUACCAGCUUCCGCGCGAUAAGUGCAUCGUGGGGCUCGCGGGGAGCGCGCCGUACGAGGCGCCCGAGGUGCUCGCGCGCGCCCCGUACGGGUGCGAGGCGGACGUGUGGUCCCUCGGCGUGCUGCUGUACGCGCUGCUCUCCGCCUCCUGGCCCGCGUUCCGCGCGGGCGAGCGGAAACUCGUCCCCGUGGAGGACUUCGGGUACUUCCCCUGGCGGAAGGAUGCGCGCGCGGAUGGGGGGAAGCGCGAGGUGUCGUGGGCGGCUAAGGAUCUGAUCUGCCGCAUGAUGACUGUUGAUCCUCAGGAGCGAAUUGACAUCGACGGUAUUCUGGACCACCCGUGGCUGGUUCGCCAUUUGAAGUGCUCCGAGGCUACUGCUCUGGUAACCCUAACCCGAGAGGACACGCUAGCAGCAACAGCCUCUCAGAGGAGGCCAGAAAUGGCAACGGAAGCAGCAUCGGAUGAAAAAUGCUACGACUCGGAGGCAUACAAAGAAGCCAAUGGAGAGGUAUUGUAUGACGACACAUACGCUGAGCACGUCGGGGACUGCGAUGGAGAAUACGAGAAGGGAGAGAAGGCGUCAUUCAACAAGACGGCUCCUGCACCACUCCCAACCGCAGCAGCAGCUCCAACUUGA